CAGUGAGAGAAUAAAACUGACAUGAAGGAAAUUGUCAAAGCUGUGCGUGUAAAUUUUUGUUCUUCAGCAAAAUUUCCAUAAAGACUGCUGGUAAUAUACCACGUUGUUUGCUACAAUGGCUGAUUUAGACGAUUUUUUCGCUAAAAAAGACCGUAAAAAGUCGAAAACAAAGAAAUUUGCAACGGCGGAAGAGUUGGCUAAGCGUAUUGAAGAUACGUCGAAGAAAAACACAGAAGUGAAUAAGCGAAAGGUGACCCCGAUCGUCGAAGGCAUCGAAACGAAAAAUCCCGAGCCGGUGGAAGAAGAGUGGAAGGAAUUCGAGGAAGAAAGAAAAGAUUACAGUGGUCUAAAGUUGGCACAAUUGAAUAUUUCGGAAGAAGAUCAUAAUCAAGCUAAUUUUGGUGCAGACGAAGGUGGAGCAACCCCAGGUGAAACCGAUGGCGAAAAAAGUAACGCAGAAAGUGCGGAACGGAAAGCUUCCGGAGCCUGGAAGAAGGUUGAUUCGACUGAUACCACAGAAAAACAGCAGCCACAACCGCAGGCACCACAGCAAUAUGUAGCUCCCGGGUUAAAAAAUCUGCGUUUGAAGAGUAAGAAAGGUGCACCGGAUUUGAAAAACGAAGAGUUUUUCCCUACAUUAGGAGCAGAUGUCUCAGAUCCGACAAAAAGCAAAAAGGAUUCAACUUUUGAGGAAGUGAAACAUGGUGGCCGUGUCAGACCAUCCGAUAUGCCAUCAGCAGCGCCCCUUUCCGUAGGCAACCGGUUCACGUCGUUGAGUAAUGACGCAAGCUAGAGCACCUUGUUUGGCCGCUAAUGCCGCAUGUUUUAUUGCCCGAUGGAGCCGGAACUUCUAUCCAGUCUGGUCCCGAUCAAUUUUCCCUGGCGACGGUCGACUAGUGUGUUAGGUUUUGUGUCUAUUUUUUCCAAAUACAAAGUGGUGAAAUAUCCUAAAAAUGUGCUCCUUAGAAUGCUGUGUGUUGCAGAUUGCAGAAGGGAAACUUAUUUUACUAAGCUGCAAACAUGUAUUUCGUCCAUGUCGAAAAGUUUCAAUUCUUAUCCGUAAACCAGAUCUAAGCAGCUUUACAAUGUCUAUAAUCUCAAAGCGCAGAAAAACAGUCGAAAGUGUUUGACAUGGACGAAAAGAGUAUACAAUAUGUACUGAUACGAUAUAAUUCCCUAUGAAAUGUUUUGUUGACGCUAUCGAUUAACAAUGAAUAAACUGUGGAUUUAUGGAAAUUUGUUAUUCGAAAUUGUAGUCCAAUAAUUAAUAAAACCUAUUGCGACAAACACUCAUUCAAUUCAAUAAACUGUUCUUAUUUCUUGCAAUGCACAGAGUUGCAUUGGUUUUAUAUUUAAUAAACACUUUAAAAACAG